AUGACCACUUUACUAUUGGUCUUUGUGACUCUGAGGGUCAUCGCGGCAGUGAUCUCAGAAGAAAUUCCAGACCAUGACAACUCACUGAGCGUGAGCAUCCCUCAACCAUCCCCACUGAAGGUCCUCCUAGGGACUUCCCUCACCAUCCCCUGCUACUUCAUCGACCCCAUGCGUCCUGUGACCACUGCACCCUCCACUGCCCCCCUUGCCCCAAGAAUCAAGUGGAGCCGCGUUUCCAAAGAGAAAGAGGUCGUACUGUUGGUGGCCACUGAAGGACAGGUUCGAGUCAACAGCAUCUACCAAGACAAGGUGUCAUUACCCAACUAUCCAGCCAUCCCCAGUGACGCCACCUUGGAAAUCCAGAACCUUCGCUCCAAUGACUCUGGGAUCUAUCGCUGUGAGGUGAUGCAUGGCAUUGAGGACAGCGAAGCCACCCUGGAGGUCAUAGUAAAAGGUAUCGUGUUCCACUACAGAGCCAUCUCCACACGCUACACGCUGGACUUUGACCGAGCACAGCGGGCCUGCCUGCAGAACAGCGCCAUCAUCGCCACACCUGAGCAACUGCAGGCUGCCUAUGAGGAUGGCUUCCACCAGUGCGAUGCGGGCUGGCUGGCUGACCAGACCGUCAGGUACCCCAUCCACACUCCUCGGGAAGGCUGCUAUGGAGACAAGGAUGAGUUUCCUGGAGUGAGAACCUACGGCAUCCGAGACACCAAUGAGACCUAUGAUGUGUACUGCUUCGCUGAGGAGAUGGAGGGCGAGGUCUUUUAUGCCACAUCCCCAGAGAAGUUCACCUUCCAGGAGGCAGCCAAUGAGUGCCGCAGGCUGGGGGCGCGGCUGGCCACCACGGGCCAGCUCUACCUGGCCUGGCAGAGCGGGAUGGACAUGUGCAGCGCCGGCUGGCUGGCCGACCGCAGCGUGCGCUACCCCAUCUCCAAAGCUCGGCCCAACUGCGGAGGCAACCUCCUGGGUGUAAGGACUGUCUAUCUGCACGCCAACCAGACAGGCUAUCCUGACCCCUCAUCCCGCUAUGACGCCAUCUGUUACACAGGGGAAGACUUUGUAGACAUCCCAGAAAACUUCUUCGGGAUGGGCGGUGAAGACGACAUCACCAUCCAGACAGUGACCUGGCCAGACCUGGAGCUGCCCCUGCCCCGAAAUAUCACUGAGGGAGAAGUCCGGGGCAAUGUGAUCCUCACCGCAAAGCCCAUCUUCGACCUGUCCCCCACUAUCUCAGAGCCGGAGGAGGCCCUCACAGUUAUCCCUGAUGUGAGGGCCACAGCCUUCCCUGAGGCUGAGGAGAGAACUGAAGGGGCCACCAGGCCCUGGGGCUUUCCUGAGGAAAGCACACGUGGGCUGGACUCUGCCACGGCCUUCACCAGUGAGGACCUGGUGGUACAAGUGACCCUCGGGCCAGGUGCAGCUGAAGUCCCUGGCCAGCCCCGCUUGCUGGGGGGAGUUGUAUUCCACUAUCGCCCGGGCUCCACCAGAUACUCUCUGACAUUUGAGGAGGCACAGCAGGCCUGCAUGCAGACCGGGGCGGUCAUGGCCUCACCUGAGCAGCUCCAGGCUGCCUAUGAGGCAGGCUAUGAGCAGUGUGAUGCUGGCUGGCUGCAGGACCAGACCGUCAGAUACCCCAUUGUGAGCCCUCGGACCCCAUGUGUGGGCGACAAGGACAGCAGCCCCGGGGUCAGGACCUAUGGCGUGCGCCCGUCAUCAGAGACCUAUGAUGUCUACUGCUACGUGGACAAGCUUGAGGGGGAAGUGUUCUUCGCCACACGCCUCAAGCAGUUCACCUUCCAGGAAGCGCAGGCCUUCUGUGAAGCCCAAAAUGCCACCUUGGCCUCCACUGGCCAGCUCUACGCUGCCUGGAGCCGUGGCCUGGACAAGUGCUAUGCUGGCUGGCUGGCAGAUGGCAGCCUCCGAUACCCCAUCGUCACCCCUCGGCCUGCCUGCGGUGGGGACAAACCGGGCGUGAGAACUGUCUACCUCUACCCCAACCAGACCGGCCUCCCAGACCCAUUGUCCAGGCACCAUGCCUUCUGCUUCCGAGGUGUGUCAGUGGUGACCUCUGCAGGACAAGAAGAAGGCGGCAUUCCCACAUCACCCUCCGACAUAGAGGACUGGAUCGUCACUCAGGUGGGGCCUGGUGUGGAGGCUGUCCCAUUGGAGACGGAGCCAGCAGCAGGGCCAGGUUUCACCACUGAAUCAGAAAAACAGACUGAAUGGGAACCAGCCUACACCCCAGUGGGUACAUCCCCACUGCCAGGGAUCCCUCCCACGUGGCUUCCCACCAUCUCAGCAGCAGAGGAUCACACUGAAAUCCCCUCUGCCUCAGAAGUGCCUUCCACCUCAGAGGAGCCAUAUACAACAUCACUUACGUCGCCAAGUGGGACGGAGCUGCCCGGCUCUGGGGAGGCAUCAGGGCCACAUGGCAUCAGUGGUGACUUCACAGGCAGCGGAGAAGCUUCAGGACACCUUGACUCCAGUGGGCAGCCAUCAAGGGGCAGUGAAAGUGGACUUCCCUCUGGUGACCUCGACUCCAGUGGCCUCAGCCCCACAGUGAGCUCAGGCCUGCCUGUAGAAAGUGGACUGGCCUCAGGGGAUGGAGAAGGAGUGGCGUGGUCCCACACUCCCACAGUUGGCAAGCUGCCCUCUGGAGGUGAGGGCCUAGAAGGCUCUGCCUCUGGAGACCUUAGCGGGUUGCCUUCUGGAAGGGAAACAAUAGAAACUUCUGCUUCUGGAGCAGAAGAUAUCAGCGGGCUUCCUUCUGGAGGAGAUGGUCCAGAAACUUCUACCUCUAGAGUAGAGGAUGUCAGCAGGCUUCCUUCUGGAGAAGGUCUAGAAACUUCUACCUCUGGAGUAGAGGAUGUCAGUGGGAUUCCUAUUGGAAGAGAAGGUCUAGAAACUUCUACCUCUGGAAUUGAGGAUGUCAGUGGAAUUCCUACUGAAAGAGAAGGUCUAGAGACAUCUGCCUCUGGAGUAGAGGACCUCAGUGGACUUCCUUCUGGAGAAGGUCCAGAAACAUCUACCUCUGGAAUAGAGGACAUCAGUGUACUUCCUACUGGAGGAGAAAAUCUAGAAACUUCUGCUUCUGGAGUGGGAGAUCUGAGUGGACUUUCCUCAGGAGGAGAAAGUCUAGAAACAUCUGCUUCAGGUACAGAGGACGUCACCCAGCUUCCUACUGAAAGAGAAGGUCUAGAGACCUCUGCUUCUGGAGUAGAGGACAUCAAUGUGCUUCCUACUGGAAGAGAAAGUCUAGAAACUUCUGCCUCUGGCGUAGAGGAUGUUAGUGGACUUCCUUCUGGAACAGGAGGUCUAGAAACUUCUGCCUCUGGCAUAGAGGACUUUACUGUGCUCCCUACUGAAGCAGAAGUUCUAGAAACUUCUGCCUCUGGAGCAGAGGAUGUUAGUGGACUUCCUUCCGGAACAGGAGGUCUAGAGCCUUCUGCCUCUGGCAUAGAGGACAUUAGUCAGCUCCCUACUGAAGCAGAAGGUCUAGAAACUUCCACCUCUGGAGGCUAUGUCAGUGGGAUUCCUUCUGGUGGAGAUGCUAUAGAAACCUCUGCUUCUGGAGUAGAGGGUGUGAGUGGACUUCCUUCUGGAGGUGAUGGUGUAGAAACUUCUGCCUCUGGAGUGGAGGAUCUUGGUCUUUCUACCAGGGAAGGUCUGGAGAUUUCUGCUUCCGGAGAAGGUGUUACUGGUUCUCCUUCUGGAAGAGAGGAUCUAGAGCCCUCUGUUUCUGGGGUGGGUGAUGACCUCAGUGGACUUCCUUCUGGAAAAGAAGGCCUAGAGACCUCGGCUUCUGGAGCUGAGGACCUUGGUGGGUUGCCUUCUGGACAAGAAGAUUUGGUAGGUUCUGCUUCUGGAGCCCUGGACUUUGAUAAGGUUCCUUCCGGAACUCUAGGAAGUGGCCAAACUCCAGAAGCAAGUGGCCUUCCCUCUGGAUUUAGUGGUGAGUAUUCUGGAGUGGACGCUGGAAGUGGCCCAUCCUCUGGCCUGCCUGACUUCAGUGGACUUCCGUCUGGGUUCCCAACUGUCUCCCUAGUGGACAGUACCUUAGUGGAAGUGGUCACAGCCACCACUGCCAGUGAACUGGAAGGAAGGGGAACCAUUGGCAUCAGUGGUGCAGGAGAAGUAUCAGGGCUGCCCCUCAGUGGGUUGGACAGUAGUGGGGACAUUAGUGGUCUCCCUUCAGGAACUGAACUCAGUGGCCAAGCAUCGGGGGCUCCUGGAGUCAGUGGAGAAACAUCUGGAUAUUUUGAUGCUAGUGGACAGCCAUUUGGGUCUCCUGACAUCAGUGGGGGAACAUCUGGGAUUCCUGAAGUCAGUGGGCAGCCAUCAGGGAUUCCUGACACCAGCGGGACCUCUGAAGUGACUGAGCUUAGUGGACUGUCCUCUGGACAACCGGAUGUCAGUGAAGAAGGCUCUGGAGCUCUCUUUGGCAGUGGCCAGACCUCCGGCAUAACUUCCGUGAGUGGAGAAACUUCUGGGCUUCCAGAUCUCAGUGGGCAGCCCUCAGGGUUGCCGGCGUUCAGCGGAACAACACCCAGAACCCCAGACCUAGCUUCUGGCACCAUGAGUGGUAGUGGGGACUCUUCUGGCAUCACAUUCGUGGACACUAGUCUUGUCGAAGUGACCCCUACCACAUUUAAAGAAGAAGAAGGCUUAGGAUCUGUGGAACUCAGCGGCCUCCCUUCAGGGGACAUGGAUCUGUCCGGCACGUCUGCGGCGGUGGAUAUCAGUGGACAAUCUUCUGGGACAAUUGAUUCCAGUGGAUUCACAUCCCCAGCUCCAGAACUCAGUGGCCUCCCAAGCGGAGGAGCCGAGGUCAGUGGAGAAUUCUCUGGAGCUGAGGCUGGCAGCAGCUUGCCCUCCGGAGCGUAUGCUGGCAGUGAACUUGCCUCGGCUCUCCCUACUGUGUCGCUUGUAGACAGAACUUUGGUGGAAUCUAUAACCCAGGCUCCCACGGCUCAAGAAGCUGGAGAAGGGCCUUCGGGCAUUUUGGAACUCAGUGGUACCCAUUCUGGAACACCAGACAUGUCUGGGGACCUUUCUGGGUCUUCGGACCUAAGCACCCUGCAGUCUGGGCUGGUGGAACCCAGCACAGAGCCACCGAGCUCUCCGUAUUUCAGUGGGGACUUUUCUAGCAGCACUGAUGUAAGUGGAGAAUCCGUGGCUGCCACAGCCGGCAGCGGGGAAGCCUCGGGGCUUCCGGAAGUCACUUUAAUCACUUCAGAGUUAGUGGAGGGUGUGACUGAACCAACUGUUUCCCAGGAACUUGGCCAAGGGCCUUCUGUGACAUAUACUCCCGGGCUCUUUGAUGCCAGUGGGGAAGCCUCAGCGUCUGAGGACCUUGGCGGAGCUGUGACAAACUUCCCUGGGUCUGGGGUAGAAGCAUCAGUCCCAGAAGCCAGCAGCGAGUCCUCCUUGGCUUACCCUGAGGCUGGAGUGGGAGCGUCUGUUGCCCCCGAGGCCAGCAGUAAACUGUCUGGGUUCUCAGAUCUGCAUGAAAUCACCUCUGCUUCCCACGAAGCAGAUCUGGAGGUGACAACCUCAGGCACCGAGGUGAGCAGCACCGAGGUGAGCAGCACCUCAUGGACCUUUCAGGAAGGCACCAGGGAGGGGUCUGCUGCUCUGGAAGUGAGUGGAAAAUCUACCACUACCUCCAGUGUGGACACAGACACUUCGGGCAUACCUUCUUCUGCCAUUCCCGUGGCUUCCGGAGACAGGACCGAAGUCAGUGGAGAAUGGUCUGAUCACACCUCAGAGCAGAAUGCUGCCAUCAGCACCACUCUCCCAGAGUACGAGCGGGCCCAGCCUACCCAGAGCCCUGCAGAGACACAUCAAGAGAUCGAAUCCCCGAUCCCCUCAUACUCAGGAGAGGAGGCCCAAACAGCAGAAACAACCAUAUCCCUGACAGACGGCCCCAGCCCCUCCUCUCCAGAAGGGUCAGGGGAAGCAGAGUCAACAGCAGCAGACAUUGAUGAGUGCCUCUCAAGCCCUUGUCUGAAUGGAGCCACCUGCGUGGAUGCCAUCGACACUUUCACAUGCUUAUGCCUUCCCAGCUACGGAGGGGACCUGUGUGAGAUCGACCAGGAACAAUGCGAGGAGGGCUGGACCAAAUUCCAGGGCCACUGUUACCGCCACUUCCCGGACCGCGAGACCUGGGUGGACGCCGAGAGAAGGUGUCGAGAGCAGCAGUCACAUCUGAGCAGUAUUGUCACCCCCGAGGAACAGGAGUUUGUCAACAAAAAUGCUCAAGACUACCAGUGGAUAGGUCUGAAUGACAGGACCAUCGAAGGGGACUUCCGCUGGUCUGAUGGACACUCCCUGCAAUUUGAGAAGUGGCGUCCCAACCAGCCUGACAACUUCUUUGCCACUGGAGAGGACUGCGUGGUGAUGAUCUGGCAUGAGCAGGGCGAAUGGAACGAUGUACCCUGCAAUUACCAGCUGCCCUUCACCUGCAAAAAGGGCACCGUGGCCUGUGGAGACCCCCCAGUGGUGGAGCAUGCCAGGACCCUCGGGCAGAAGAAGGACCGAUAUGAGAUCAGCUCCCUGGUGCGGUACCAGUGUACCGAGGGCUUUGUCCAGCGCCACGUGCCCACCAUCCGGUGCCAGCCCAGUGGGCACUGGGAAGAACCUCGAAUCACCUGCACAGACCCCACCACCUACAAGCGCAGGCUACAGAAGCGGAGCUUGAGAGCCACACAGAGGAGCCGUCCCAGCAUGGCCCACUGAGAGGAGCUUCCAUGACCACGACGUGCCCCCAGGAUGCUGAGCCCAGCGGCCAGCCAGGCUGACCGUGCAUCCCAGCCAGAAGGGUGUCUUCCUGUCGCUUGUUGUCAUAUAAGGAAUCCAUUAAAGAAGGAAAAAUACCCCACAUUCUCUGUGCCCCAACUCCUCACAUCACCCAAACUCCAUCUAAUUUGUCUCCCACCCCACCCCACCCCGAAAAAAAUGCCAAAGCGAAUUUCCUGUGACCCGUGGACUGAGUUUAGAGAUACUUCUUCGAUCUCCCACCGUGCCUUUCCAGGGACCAGUGCAGGGACAGGGUGAGAAGGAAAGGGUUAAAUUAAAUAAAGAAGAUUAUUAUUUUUUUUUGUUGUUUCCUGACUUUACCUAAGAGCAGUGCAGUGGUCGGUUAUUUC